CAACUGUGUGACAAACACUUUCUGCACAAUAUCUGAGUGAAAAAAUACUUUAAAUCAAAGUACUUGUCAUAUAAAACUGCAGUUCUUGAGCUCUGAGAACUUUGACAGAGUGAGCAUCAGUGUGAAUUGGCUCCAAGAUUGCCACGGUCGUUCAGAUGCCUUUAAUCGAGCACGUUUCGGACUCGGAUCUGGAGUAUUUGGCGCUGCAGCGGGUCGUCCCGGCGCUGCUGGACCGCGGCUUCUGUUACGUGGACGGUGUCCUCGGGGAGCUGGCCGGGGACGCGGUGCUGGAGCAGGUGAAGGAGAUGCACCGCUCCGGCGCGCUGCAGGACGGCCGGCUGGCGAGCUGUGUGCCGGGCGUGCACCGCAGGAGCAUCCGCGGGGAUAAGAUCGCGUGGGUGAGCGGGUCCGAGCGCGGCUGCGAGGCCAUCAGCUACCUGCUCAACCUGAUCGAUAAGCUCGUCUCCGUGUGCGCGAGCAGGUUAGGGUGCACCGAGAUCCGGGAGAGGUCCAAGGUAAGAGAGCGGCGCCAAGUUCAGGACUCAGA